AUGGCUAUCAAGGUUGGUAUCAACGGUUUCGGCAGAAUUGGUCGUCUCGUUAUGAGAGUGGCCUUGCAAAGAAAGGACAUUGAAGUCGUUUCUUUCAACGACCCCUUCAUUGGUGCUGAUUACGCCGCUUACAUGUUCAAGUAUGACUCCACCCAUGGGCGUUUUGAAGGUGAUGUGAAGGCUGAAGGCGAAUACCUUAUUGUCGACGGUCACAAGAUUAAGGCCCACUCCGAGAAGGACCCGGCUUCGAUCCCUUGGGGUAAGGACGGUGUUGACUACGUCGUCGAAUCGACUGGUGUUUUCACCACCAAGGAAGGUGCCCAAAAGCACAUCGACGCUGGUGCCAAGAAGGUUGUCAUCACUGCUCCUUCGGCCGACGCCCCCAUGUUCGUCGUUGGUGUCAACGAAGACAAGUACACCCCCGACCUCACUAUCGUGUCGAACGCCUCGUGCACCACCAACUGUUUGGCCCCCUUGGCCAAGGUUGUCAAUGACGCCUUUGGUAUCGAAGAAGGUUUGAUGACCACUGUUCACUCGAUGACCGCCACUCAAAAGACCGUUGACGGUCCUUCGCACAAGGACUGGAGAGGUGGUAGAACUGCUUCGGACAACAUCAUUCCUUCGUCGACUGGUGCUGCUAAGGCUGUUGGUAAGGUCAUCCCCGAAUUGAACGGUAAGUUGACUGGUAUGUCGCUUAGAGUUCCCACUGUUGACGUUUCGGUUGUUGACUUGACUGUGAGACUCAAGAAGCAAGCCACUUACGAAGAAAUUACCGAAGCCAUCAAGAAGGCCUCGGAAACCAACCUUAAGGGGGUUUUGUCGUGGACCGAAGACGCUGUUGUGUCGACCGAUUUCUUGGGUUCGCCUUACUCGUCGAUCUUCGACGUUAAGGCCGGUAUUUUGUUGUCGCCUACUUUCGUUAAGUUGAUUUCGUGGUACGACAAUGAAUUCGGUUACUCUAACAGAGUUGUUGACUUGUUGGAACACGUUGCCAAGGCUUCGCAAUAA